AUGCAUCUAGUAAUCAAGGUAUUUUUCUUUCUCGCGGUAUGUACAUCUCAUAGUGUCAUGUCCCAACAAACUGAUUUCAAUACUUCAGUGAUACCAAUUUUUAAGGAUGCCAAUACAUCUCUUCACAAAAUCCCUAUGUCAUUUAUGAUACCAGUAUGGGAGGAAGAAAGGUACUACCUCCUUGACCUCGACGCUCCAUUCACAUGGAACGAUUGUAGUAUUCGUCGCAAUCCUAUGUUUCCUUGUGAAAUAGACGAUGAAUGCUACUCUCCCUUACAAUGUAACAACAUUUUGUGUAAAGAAGCAAAAUCUUACCUAAAUCCUACAUGCCCUUCUCUUAAUAUCACAAUCAAAUAUGGUUGUGGUAUAUGUGCAGUUACCCCUUUCAACCCCAUCUCAAAAACUUGCAAAUUAUCACAGCUAACCACUGUUUUGGUUCACAUGUACAUUACCGAUGGCCUAAACCCUAGUAUGGUUCCAAGAAACUUUUUUGGAGCCCCGUUUGUAUUGUCGUGUGCACCUUCCUCCUUGUUGAGGUCCUUCCCUAAAAAUGUUAGAGGGGUCGCAUCCUUUUCAUGGUCUUCUUUGGGUUUUCCUCGUCAAGUUGAUAAUCCUAAUCAAGCUGCUAAAUUCGCACUUUGUCUAGCCAGCUCCUCAUCAUCUCCUGGGGUUACAUUUUUAGGCGACGGACCUUUUCAUUUUACAUCUUUACCAAAUAUGGAUCUUAAAAGAACUCUCUCUUAUACGCCCAUGGUUAGAAAGAAUUCCAAGUCCCUUGGAUAUUAUAUCAAAAUAAACCGAAUCUCAAUCAAAGGAACGCCGAUUAUAACAGAAAGUAUUUCAGUGAAGCUUAGCACGGUCAUGCCUUAUACCAUACUAAGAAGUGACAUUUAUAAAUCUCUUACUACUAGUUUUUUAAAGGCUGCUAAAAACAUUCCUAGUGUAAUUGCUGUUAAACCUUUUAGUGUAUGUUUAAAAGCUACCGCAGUUAGAUCUGCCCCAAGUAUUGAUCUUAAAACUGAAACUGGCAAAAUAUGGACAUUAUCUAGAGACAACUUGAUGAAGGAUUCUGGGAAUGGCGCCUCAUGUCUUGCAUUCGUCGAUGGUGGUUCUAGUGUCAAAGAUGCAGUUGUUAUUGGGACGUUUCAGAUGGAAAAUAAUUUCUUGUUUUUCGAUUUGGUGAACCAAAAGUUGGGGUUCAGCUCUUCCCUCAUACCCCGAGGAACUUCUUGCAGCGGCUUCAACUUCACCAAAACACCUUAAAGACAUGAUUCAUGUUGCUGAGCUAUACAUAUACUACAUUUCGAAUUAUGUAUAGAUGGUUGUAUCACUUAUAACUUGUAAGGACUUUGUUUCUGGAAUAAAAAACCACAGAUCUUGUUAUGACCGCUUUGAUAUAGUAAAAGGCGUAUAAAUUACAGCAGUGGGGGUCAGGAUCGGGGUUGGUCGAGAGGAACCCAAGCCCGAAGAGUUACAUAUGGUCAUUCACAAGGUACAACUUCUCAAAGGGGUAAUGACUAUUAUAGCCCUAUUGUGGUCAAUUAUGACGAAACAGAACAAUUCAGAACGACAGCCUAAUAGACCUCGGCCUAAUGCAACUCGUUCGUCUCCAAAAUGGACGUUUUAGCCUUGCUUUGAGGUAAACUGUAUCAUCUGAUAUGUUCUAUCUCAAUGUUUGGUAUGAUGAGAAUUUUUUAAAAUUUGUAACUAUAUUGACAGGGCCUAAAUGUGCAGUUUAGAGCAAAAUCACUAAG